GCAGCUCCCCGGUCAGACCAUGCCGUAGGCACCGUAGGCAGAUUCCAGUGAUCCCUCCCUUUCUCCUCUGUGCACGCCCAUCGUCACGACAGCGACCGUGCAGGACCCAAAACGCGCAUUCUUCCUGCGCUUCUCCUUCAUCUGGUCCACAUGGCCCCUGGCAAGCCCCUGCACAUCGGUCUACCCCCACGGAUACUGCGAGUCGUUUUCGGCGGGGCGUUCCUCCUGCUCUGUUUCUAUGUGCUUGUCUUGCGUGGCUGGGAGUGGGACGACCCUUCGGCGCUUCCGAUCCCCGUUAUUGACGACAAGAGCGUGCAGCUGGGUCACCCCUCGUUCAUGGAUGCAUGGAUGUACGAGCGCGCACUGCCGCAGCACGCUAAGACGCCUGUGUCUGCCAAGUGGCGGGGGCAAAACGGGGUCGAUGGAAACGACGGACGGAGGUAUCUCUUGAUCAGAGAUGCAUCAUGGGGGUCCGGCUGGAACAACAUCUUCCAGGAGCAGCUGCUGAACGACUAUCUGUCGUACAUCAGCGACCGCUCGUACGUCUUCCCGUCGUUCAUGCCAGUCGACCACCCGCCGUACCCCAACAAGCUGCCAGACGGCUCCGAGCACCAGGUGCACAUCCCGAUGAACGCGCUUGUUUCUGGGCCUACCGCUGGCGGCCCACUACGCAGGGACGAGAGCGAUCCGAUCGGGCGUCGUGCGGUGUCGGUGGAGUACUGGCACAUUGCGUGCCCACCGGAGCGGGUGCACCACAUCAAGCUUUACGACAUGCAGAAGGAGCUAGGGAUUGAUGAUGACUCCCAGGGCGAUGACAGGAUGCUGAAGUGGUCGCGGAUGUUGAAGGCGCUUGAUGCGCCCUGUGUCAGUAUCGACGACGGAGCGGUCUUCAAUUGGAUGUUCAUUGGGGGCGACAAGGUGAUGAGCAUCUGGCCCUCGUACAGUCUGUCGCCAACGAUGCGCAACUUCGCUUGGUCGCCCAUGGUCGUGCACGCACUAUACCGCCACUACCACCUCUUCUCGCGCUCGCCCGCACCGACGCUCGUCCUGCCAUCCGGUCGCCAGCCGUACCGAAUGCAGUCGUUCAAGCGAUUGUACACCGCCGAACACACGAUCCCCGGCCUCCUCGCCAUACACGUGCGACGCGGGGACUAUGAGAACCACUGCAGCUUCCUCGCUGAUGUCGGCGCAGACUACAACGCGUGGGACGGAUUCGGGACUCCCGGGCUCAAGCUGCCCCCUGUGCGAUCCGAGCUGAUUGGACCGGGACCCUACAACUACCAGGACCCAAAGCUACCUGACUACCUGAGCACCCCGGAGGGUAUGUCCCGACGAGACGCAGCUCACGCACAUUGCUGGCCGUCACAGCACGCGAUUGUCAAGCGUGCCCGGCAAGUCCGGGCUGGCACCAGCACGCCCGGAAACAUGAAAAGCCUAUUCAUUGCCACGAAUGGGGACAAGGCCUGGGUCGCUGAGCUGGCUGAGCUUCUCAAGGCGGAUGGGUGGUCACACGUGACGAGUUCUCACGAUAUUGAUUUGACGAAGGAGGAGAUCGCCAUCUCGCAUGCGGUGGAUAUGGCAGUGAUGACUGCUGCCCAGGAGUUUAUCGGUGUUGGGUUCUCCUCGAUGACGAGUAAUGUUGUGCAGAUAAGACUGGGUGCUGGAAGAGAGGCAAACACGUGCCACUUUUGGUGACCUAAACCUGUCAUGAUAUCCGCCUGUUUGUUCUCCCUCGAACGUCGAGAAGAUUUAGUGGGAUGCAAAUUAGGAUCACGCUCUGUUGGGAUCACAGAGUGAAAUCUGUCUAAAGCACAUGCACCUGGUCGAUUUGAACUGUAUGAAUCGCCACCGUCUGUUCUUUCUCACACUGCACCCGAUUCGACAAGUUGCGAAGUUACAAGUCUCUUGUCUGAUGCUCUAGAAUACACGAACUAAAUAAGUUAUCCGAAAAGAAUAUACGAUGAAAACGAAGA